CUGAAACACUUCAGUGCGUAUUGUGUGUGUGUGUGUGUGUGUGUUUAUUGCUCUCGAGUGUUGUGUGGUCCUGGUCCUGGUCCAGCUGAGGGACUCCGCCCUCCUGCCUUCAGGGCGGGCAACACGAGACUCGAGCACACAGAUUUACCAGAACACGUGAAGGCAGCAGAGGAACACAAGACUGAAUCAUCUGCUCCAGGAGCUUUCAAAGGUGGGAAUCGGCCGCAGAUGAGCCGGUGUGAGGAGAGCGGGCGAGCGACAUAGACAAACACUGAGAGAGGGAGAGAGAAGGAGCAGCUGGAGGCGACGGAGGCAGCUUCAGCAGUGAAGAGAGAGAGCGGAGGCAGCAGGACGGAGCAUGAAGGAGCUGCUGAGCUUCUGUUUCUGACGACAGAAACAACAAACCGGUUACGAUGGGAAACACAGACAGCAGUCACAGUCACAGCAGCUUGGCUUCCUCUGCCAAACCCUCCUGCUCGCUCAGGUUCUCCUCCAGGAGGGAGGAGGUGCCGUCAGCUCGCAGCUGGUGGAGGAGCAGUCAGGGAGGCAACCAGAGCCGGGGGAGGAGCUACCAGAACCAGCAUGCUGCUGGCCCCCCACACACCUCCUGGCAUUAUGAACAUGCACCCAAAGUGACCAAACUGGGAGCAGGAUCUCCUCAGAGGUACGUCAGAGGGGAGCGGGGGAACCAGUUUGGUUUCCUGGUGAAUGGCAGUGGGAGCAAUAGGAUUCGUAGCGAGCGGGCGUCUCUGGAGAGUGGCGGCAGCCCUAAGGUGCUGCUCAGCAAAGAUGGUAGCAUGAGGGUGGAGUUCACCAACAAAAGGGUCGUCUCCAUGGAGCCACAGGGGUUGGCCGGCCUCCCCGCCAGCACCACCGCCGCCGCCUCAGUCGCUGAGCCCUGCCUCCGCACCAGCAAGGGCAGCUCGCUCAGCUCCGACGGCUCCUGGUACGACUCGCCGUGGGGCACCGGCGGCGAGCUGGCUGACAACGUGUUCGUCUGCGGGGAGAGCACGGCUAACUGCAGCGGGUACACCAACUACUACUCCUCCGCCCGCACUGAGGAGACCGCCACCACCAGCAGCGGAUACAACACCUUCUCAGCCCAGGUGGACAUUUCACCUGGAUUUAACUCCAGCCUCCUCUUCCCCGCUGCAGAGACCAGUGAGUUCACCUCUGCCGCAGGUUACAACACCUGCUCCUCCGGGCGAACGGAUGACAGCGGCAUCGGAGGCUCGAUGAUCCUGCAGCCGGACCUGAGAGACUUCAGCUCGGCUUCACCUUCCACCAUCUCACUGGACAACGUUUGCUCCCGCCACAACGCGCUGCCCGCCUUCCCCGUCACGCCGGACGCCUCGCUGCAGCAACAGGGCGCCACCCUCUCCUCCGCGGCGCUACUGGAUGAUGUCAUCCAUGAGGAGGAGGCAUCAGGAGGAGGCGUGGAACAGCUGUACUCCUCCUUCACGCUACCCUGUCGCAGGAUCGAGCCUGUCAACAGCAACACCUCAACCAACAACCGCAAAGACUUCCUGAAGAGCCGAAUUAGACGACUCAGCGACUGGACAGGAAGUCUGAGCAGGAAGAAGAGAAGGAUCCAGGAGCCAUACAGCAGCAGCACCAGUGAUGUUUUCAUCAGCGGGCUGGACUCUGGCCUGGUUAGCUGCAGCAUGCUGUGGACCUCCAACCCUCUUCGCACUCUGAACCAGAACCAGAACCAGUUCCCAGCAGCUCAGUGUGGCUCUUCCAGAAGCCUGAACCUGAACCAGAGCAGCGACGUUCAGCGGCAGAACGUCUACGACAGCUUCAUGCAGGAGCUGGAGACAGGCUGCAGCAGCACAGCCGACCCGACCGAUCCGUCAGAGGGUGGUGGAGAGGAGGAGGAGGAGGAGCAGGAGGAGGAGGAGGAGGAGAUGGAUGGGGAGGUGGAGGCAGGAGGAGGCGAGCAGCUGGAUGUCCUGUUUGAGAAGGAGCAAGGUGUGGUGCGACGGGCUGGAUGGCUCACCUUCAAAGCUCUUCUCACUGUCAACAAGGACAGGAAGCUGGAGCUGGUGGCUCGCCGCAAGUGGAGACAUUACUGGGUCACACUGAAAGGUUGCACUCUGCUGUUUUACGAGACAUACGGGAAGAACGUGAGCGGCGAACAGGAGCUUUCUCCUCGCUACGCUCUGCUGGCUGACGACAGCAUCGUCCAGGCCGUCCCAGAACAUCCCAAGAAGGAACACGUGUUCUGCCUGAGCAACUCGCACGGAGACGUCUACCUGUUCCAGGCCACCAACCAGACCGACCUGGAGAACUGGGUGACGGCGAUCCACUCGGCGAGCGCCUCGCUGCUGGCCAAGCGUCAGGGGAGGGACGACACGCUGCGCCUCCUCCGCUGCCAGAGCCGCUCGCUGCUGCACAAGAUCGACAUGGACGGGAAGAUGAAGAAGAUGGCCGAGCUGCAGCUGUCCGUCAUCAGGGAGCAGAAGAACAGGAGGGCUGUGGAGACGCAGAUCCAGCAGUGGGAGCAGAACCUGGAGAAACUGAACCUGGAUCUGUUCCGCCUGCGCUGCUACCUGUCCAGCCUGCAGGGCAGCGAGCUCCCGAACCCCAAGAGCCUCCUCGCUGUGGCCAGCCGGCCCUCCAAGAGCCUGCUGGGACGCCUGGGAGUCUUCUCUGUGUCCUCCUUCCACGCCCUGGUGUGCAGUCGAGAUGAGCCGACGCUGAGGGGUCGGACUCUGCUGGGAGGAGGCCACAGGAGGAGGGGCCUGCCGUCCUCCCUGAAGGCUCUGGACGGACUGGAGAGACGCGACAGGGACGGCAGACACAUCACGUCCCAGCUGGACAGACUACAGAGGCUCGACUGUGUGUCCAAUCAGAGGGAGGCGCCGCCCCCUGCAGGUCGUCCUGCAGCUGCGAAGGUGAGCGACGAGCUGCAGCCUUCAGACGUCCACGUUUUCACUGUCGACAUCAGCCGAGCCGACACUGCGAAAGACUUUGGUUUCGCUGUGACGGGUCACGUGGACGGAGCGGGAACAAGCCACGUCUACGUCAGCGAAGUCGACCCGCUGGGACCGUCGGCACGAGAAGGCCUCAGGGCUGGAGACGAGGUCCUGGCUGUGAACGGGGCCACGGUGUCCGGUCUGGACCUGGACCUGAUGCAGAGUCUCUUCAGCCACCAGAAGCUCCGGCUGCUGAUCAGGAGAGACGAGUCCCCUGACGCCAUCUGGGCCGACCCCUGCCAGGCCCCGGCCCCUCCGGACCUCCAGACCUGGACCAGCACUGAUUCAGGUUCUUCCUUUCCAGAUGGGAUUCAGCUUCCUGUUUUUGAUGGGGUUUCAUUGAAGCCGUCUGAGGACGUCGAGCUGCAGAAACAGAACGUGGAUCGGGUCUGCUCCCUCUACCAGACCUUCCCAGCGGGCCGAGCGGCAGAGGCCGACGUUCCCAGGAACCCGUACGGCCGAGAGGUCGGCCUGCAGCCGGCGAGCCCCACCCACCUGAGCGUUUGUCAGCGUCUGCGUAAAGUCAUCCAGGAGCUGGUCGACACCGAGAAGUCCUACGUCAAGGACCUGGUCUGUCUGUUUGACAUCUACCUGACCCCUCUGCAGAAGGAGACCUUCCUCAGUAAAGAAGAGAUGGAGGCGCUGUUCGGCAGCCUGCCCGAGAUGUUGGACUUCCAGAGAGUCUUCCUUCAAACUCUGGAGGAGAGAAUCGCGUCCUGCCCCGACUUCAGUGCCCUGGAAACACCUGGACAGUUCAAGAAACUCCUCUUCUCAUUGGGCGGAUCUUUUCUCUACUACGCCGAUCACUUCAAACACUACAGCGGCUUCUGUGCAAACCACAUCAAAGUCCAGAAGGUCCUGGAGAGAGCAAAGACAGAUGGAGCCUUCAAGCACUUCCUGGAGACAAGGAAUCCAACCAAUCAGCACUCGUCCUCUCUGGAGUCGUACCUGAUCAAACCUGUUCAGAGAGUCCUGAAGUAUCCACUGCUGCUCCGAGAGCUGGUGUCUCUGACUGACCCCGAGAGCCCUGAACACACACACCUGACAGAGGCGCUGAGGGCCAUGGAGAAGGUGGCAAGUCACAUCAAUGAGAUGCAGAAGAUCUACGAGGAUUACGGCCCCGUGUUCGACCAGCUGGCUGCGGAGCAGAGUGGACCUCACAAACAGGUGACGGAGAUCUCGAUGGGGGAGUUUCUGGUCCACUCGUCGGUGGUGUGGUUGAAUCCGCUUCCUUGUCUGGGACGCCUGAGGAAAGACCCCGAGCUCACGCUGUUCGUGUUCAAACGGGCCGUCAUCCUGGUGUACCGUGAGAGCACCAGGCUGAAGAAGAGGAUGACCGGCUCCCGCUCCGCUGACCCCGACCCCUUCAGGUUCCGCUGGUUAAUCCCAGUUUCUGCAGUUCAAGUCAGACCGGCCAACAUGACAGGCUCAGAGAACCCGUGUGUGUGGGAGCUGGUUCACAGCCGCUCGGAGGUGGAGGGACGACCAGAGACCGUGUUUCAGCUCUGCAGCAGUGGUUUGGAGACGAAGGCCAGCGUGCUGCGAGCUCUGCGCUCCCUCCUCAGAGACCGAGCGCCCGCCGGCUCCCUGAGGAGGAUCAGGCUGUCGACGGCAGACAGGAGCAGCUCCUGGAGGAGGAGGCAGCGUCGCUCCAACACCCAGAGGACGACUCAUCGUGAGUCGGAGGAGAGCUGCAGACCCGACGACGGCCUCAUCCUGGGAGAAACCUGCUCGGAGCCUCCGCUGCCCAGCCGAGCCGCCUCCGCCUCCGAGCCUGCAGGGAGGAGGACCAGACUCUGCUCCCUGACCGGCGAGCUGGAGGCUCAGCUGCAGAGGCUGAACUUCAGUGAGGAGGAGGCGGAGCGAGGAGCAGCAGCGUCUCGGUCUGAGGAGCACGGAUGGAGCUCCAGUCUGCGUCGUAGUCCUGCAGGAGAGAUGCUGGACCUGCUGGAGAGAGACUUCAGUGUUCAGAGCCUGACCUCCAUGACCAAUGAGGACUGUUUCUUCGACUCUGUGCUGGGGACGCAGAAGGCGGCGGCGGUCCCCACGCUACAGAGCUAACGCUAACAUGCUAACAUGGCCAAGACAGAAGCCUCAGAGAGGGAAACUGACCUGUAAACUUGAAUCAGUUUCUUCCGCGUGUCUCGGAUCAGCAGGAAGUUCUCAGAGCUGCACGUCGGUUUCACACGGAGGUGAACGUGGUUUCAGCAGUCAGCUAACAACACCAAGAAUUUAUGUGACGUGAAGGCUUCGUAGGAAUAAACUCAACCACAGCAGAAUUUAGAGCCGCUGAGGGGGAAAUAAAACCACGAAAACGUUACGGGAACACAAACACACGUCUUAAUGCAAAGGGACGACUUUACAUUCCAGUCAGUCAGUCUGUCAUGACCGUUUUGACUGAAAUUACAAUCUGGAAUCAAGUAGACUGACUUUCUUAUGUAAUUAUGACAUUUUCUCGUGAAGUGAUGAUUUUUAACGUAUCGCUUAUUUUUUCCCCUCGCGGCGGCUGUGAACUCUGAGCUGCACCAACAGGGCUGAGAAACAAACCGCAAACCCCCAAAGCACUUUCAGGAUCGACGGCUAAGAUUCUUUAUGAAGACGAUACGGUGGUUUUAAGUUCAAAGUCUGUGGGACGAAAUAACUUCGAGUGACCCUGAAAACAAGGCAGAAGAAGCAGGAGGUCAGUUCUGUGUGGAUUUCAGGAAGCUCUGCCUGGACUCUUCGUCAUAUGCACGUUGUAAAAACGUUUUCCUGUACAAUUUGUUCUCUCGACAAAAGCAGUUUGGACUGAAGCUGCUGGAUCGGAUCCAAGUAUCUGUAGGACUGACUGACUGUAUUUAUAUGAGCUGUUAAAGUAUUUGGUAAUUUAUUUUUCUUAAAUGUUUGUCUGUUGUUUUAAUGGCAGUCCAAUAAACGACAAAGUCUGUAAUUUAA